AUGCCUUACAACAAACACUUGCAUCUAAUACUAUUAUUGGAAUUGUCAAUACAGCAACAAUUUAAAACAGACUUUUUGGCCUUUCCUGUUUUUGUGGAUAAUUUUGUUUUGCAAAAGCUCUUAGAGUUAAAACUUGGAUAA